UAUUAUAUUUUCUCUUUGUAAUCAUUUUUGUUGGUCUCACCCACCCAUGGCCAUGGUGAUUCUCACAACCCUUUUGGUGAUUUUUGUGACUGUGCUAUUGAAGGUUGCAUAUGACACCAUCUCAUGUUACUGGCUCACUCCAAUGCGCAUAAGAAAAAUCAUGGAGAGACAAGGAGUGCAUGGCCCCAAACCCCGCUUUCUUAUAGGCAACAUCAUAGACAUGACAUCCCUUGUUUCAAGAGCAGUUUCUCAAGACAUGAAAACCAUCAACCAUGACAUUGUUGGUCGCCUUUUGCCACAUUUUGUUGCAUGGUCCAACCAAUAUGGAAAGAGGUUCCUAUAUUGGAAUGGUACAGAACCAAGGUUGUGCCUAACAGACACCGAAAUGAUCAAGGAGUUUCUGUCAAAGUACAGUACCACAUCUGGGAAAUCGUGGCAGCAACAACAAGGGACCAAACAUUUCAUUGGGAGAGGCUUAUUGAUGGCAAAUGGUGAAGAGUGGCGCCACCAACGUCACAUGGUUGCCCCUGCAUUCAUGGGAGACAGACUUAAGAGCUAUGCUGGGCACAUGGUGGAAUGCACAAAGGAUAUGCUUCAAUCACUACAAAAUGCAUUAGAGGUUGGCCAAUCUGAGGUGGAGAUUGGAGAGUGCUUUACUGAACUAACUGCAGAUAUUAUAUCAAGAACUGAGUUUGGCACAAGCUAUCAGAAGGGAAAGCAAAUAUUCUAUCUCCUCACACAGCUGCAGAGUAGAGUUGCUCAAGCAACUCGCCAUCUUUUCUUUCCUGGAAGCCGGUUUUUUCCCAGCAAGUAUAACAGAGAGAUAAAGUCUAUGAAGAUGGAGGUGGAGAGACUCUUGAUGGAGAUCAUAGAGAGUAGAAAAGAUUGUGUGGAAAUGGGGAGGAGCAAUUCUUAUGGGAAUGAUUUGUUGGGUAUACUCUUGGAUGAGAUCAAGAAGGAGGGUGGUACCUUGAAUCUACAACUAGUUAUGGAUGAAUGCAAAACAUUUUUCUUUGCUGGACAUGAAACCACUGCACUCUUGCUCACUUGGACAGCUAUGUUGCUAGCUAGCAAUCCACAUUGGCAAGACAAAGUCCGAGCUGAAGUCAAAGAGGUCUUCAAGGGGGAAAUUCCAUCAGUUGAUCAACUCUCUAAGCUCACUCUGCUACACAUGGUAAUUAACGAGUCAAUGAGGCUCUAUCCUCCUGCAACUUUGCUUCCUAGAAUGGCUUUCAAAGACAUUGAGUUGGGUGACCUUCACAUUCCCAAAGGCUUAUCAAUUUGGAUUCCAGUGCUAGCCAUUCAUCAUAGUGAAGAACUAUGGGGCAAAGAUGCAAAUGAGUUCAACCCUGAGAGGUUUGCUUCAAGGUCAUUCAUGCCUGGCCGUUUCAUACCAUUUGCUUCUGGCCCUAGAAAUUGUGUUGGCCAAACAUUUGCUAUUAUGGAAGCUAAGAUUAUAUUAGCCAUGUUGAUCUCAAGGUUUAGCUUCACCAUUUCGGAGAAUUAUAGGCAUGCACCAGUGGUUGUCCUCACAAUUAAGCCCAAAUAUGGUGUUCAAGUUUGCUUGAAGCCUUUAGAUCCAUGAGACAUGCUCCUUCAUGCUCUAGACUUCAGGGGUUCUAUGUUAAGGAUGUUGUAAUAAAAUUUCUCGGCAUCCUUGUGGUUUUUAUUUUUCAAAGUGUAGAAAUAGCUCAAGUUUAUGAUGGCAAGGAUUAGGAUAUGCACAUUAAAAAUUUAUUCUGAAUCAGUAAAGAAAAUAGAGGGCCUUUGAAGGCUUUUUU